AUGCCUGGGAACGCCCAGGCAGUCAAAUUGUUGGAAUUGGAGCUAGCGUUGUGCCCUCCACGCAAAUGCAGCCUCGUGGGACAGAAAAAGCCAAGAAGGACAAGAGAAAAGCAGAAGAAUAAAUGUAUCUUCCAGCGAAAUCCACAAGGUUGGAUGACUCUCCGUAUGAGCUUUCGGCGUGGAAGAGGGUCUUCGUUUCCAAGGUUGGAGGAAAAGGUGGAGGUUGAUGAUGAGGCACCUUACUUAGUUAGGACUAGCCGCCACCACCCAAGGACAAAGUUAUUACCUAAUACGCCCACACUCACAACCGAACUACCGAUCUCAGCCAAGGGAUAUUAUCAACAACUGAGUCCUUCAAGAUCAGCGAAGGUGGCCCAGACCCGACCCUUAAUAUUUAUGGAUCCUCUUCUAUCUUCGUCAUACAAUUACACUUCGAACGACUUCGUAAUAACUACUUCCCGGGAGAAGCAAUCUAUAAACCAUGCUACUCAGCCAUACCACAGAUGCGUCCUCCAUGAGGGCGUUGAUGAAGACUUGUUUUUCAAGGGCACUGGGGCAGGGGAGAGCUCUCACCACCAACGCCAUGCUGGUCGUAAAACCUCCCAAUCCAAUCCCUCCAACAGUUUUAGCAAAGAGCUCCAACGCAUCGAGACUAUGUUUGGGAGCAAUACUGCAUAG